GUCUAUUUGUUAAUUUUGGUCAAAUAUAUAGAAGCCGAAUGCGAUGUUUGCCAGCGCAAUCGUGUCGCUUGCAUCAAUUCCACUUCAUACUAUUUAUGCUUUGAGGAUAACUUUCCAAAUACUGAAGUACUGUAUCACUGCAAGGACGGCUUUGAUUGCACAAACUUGAAUGCGAUUUGUGUGCAAUCGAAUGUUCAACGUCCACCCAGUUGUGACGACUCAGCACAGUGUGGUCUCUGCAGUGCACAUCGUAACUAUGUUUUUGCCUGUCAAAGCCGCACUACAUUUCAGAUGUGUUACGGUGCUGCACGUCCAACAAGUCCAAUUGGUUACUGUCCUGAUGGAUAUGUUUGCGAUGCUACCAGUGAUUCCAUUUGUGUCCCUGAAUCGCUUGCUGCGAGCGUCACCUGUGGUCGUGUGGCAACAGACACCACUACAUCCACCACAACCACCACAACAACAGAAACAACCACGUCAGAAGCGAGUACCACGGAAACGACAACCAAGCUACCAAAUACACCACAGUAUGCUUGUGAGCAAGUGCGUCAAGUUGGAGUGUUUCCCACUCAACCAAGUGAUCCAUUUUGCAAACGAUAUGUUUACUGUUAUUAUGUAAAUGGAGUAAUAAAAGGGACGGAAUACACUUGCUCCAGUGGAUCUUACUUUGAUAUUCAAGACUCUUAUUGCACUUUAUUUAAACCGUCAUAUUGUUUGUAA